AUGGCUCAUUCGACACUGACCUCUCGCAGCAAUUCUCCACCUGCUGAUCUGAGGCCCGCACCGCUUCGUAUUCCGCACCGGAAGUCAAUCGUCAGCUUUGACGACGACCCUGAGAUAGCUGUCAUCAAGUAUAGGGAGGAAGCCGACGAUACAUCACGGUCGACAUCCUUUCAGACAAACCCAAGCCAAUCAUCCCGGUCCAGUGUUCCGUGUAAGCAUUCAGGGCCACAGUGUCCUCGUUCCAGGAUUGAGUCUCUAGUUUCUCGCUUUGAGAUUCUAGAUGCCGUGAACAACGUCAAUAGUAGCAUGCCUCGCUAUCUCGCCGGCUCGCACCAGGCUAAACCGAGUAAGAUCCCACAAGCUAUUGAACCCAUACGAGCUACCCAGCACGAUCGAAUGAGCCAUACACCUUUAGAAUCAAUUAGCAGAACAUCAUCAGAAUCAUCUCUUCAGGUUCGAACACCUUCGCGCUCUUCUUGCACCACAUCAACCAUUCCAGUUUUGAGACACUCUAGGUCACUCAUAACAUCCAGAAAAACGCCAAGUCGCCUACCGAAAUCUAAGGCAUUUCAAAAGAAGAACUCGUCAUUUCUACAAUCAUCAUCCACUAUUACUCUUACAUCACUACAAGCUGCAGCGAGGCCCUCCCCGAACAGAACAGACAUCCGGAGACAGAAACCACCACAAGAGUCCACAAAAGGCCCGGACCGACAUUUAGAUUCAAACAUAGUAUUCCCUCGGCAGAGGCCGAGCUUCUCCCAACCUGACGAACCACCAAGAGGUAUUCCCAAGCCUAGUUUAAAUCCAAAGAUUUCAGAGAGCAAACUACAGGACCAAAAUAUGCCCUUAUUCACAUCUAAGUACUACCCAAUACCAACCUUAAAGCGGUCCUCCAUAGAUCAAGAUGGGGGAUCGUGUUCACACCCACCGGUAUUUGGGAAAGGGCACAUCAUUCACAUACCCUCGCCGCAAAGCACUAGAGGGAGCAUGGGAAAUGGCGAACCAAGUACAUCUUCAUCAGGAAACAAUCAGCCUAGCCCACACGAGACCACACAGGAGGAGAGCAACAUCCUGAAUAGGCCUAUGAAGCUGGCACCAUGGUCUCGACCCAGAAAUAACAGUGCACACCAAGACGUAGGAUACUAUGCCAGCAUAGAUGCCGCAAUGGAAGACUUAGAGAGUAUCCCACUUGGUGAACUCCAGCUUGAUGGUGCGUCGGCGGAGGUCCCAAGACUUCAAUCUGACCUGUCCGCCACGGAGGACACGUUGGUCGGAACCCCGUCAGACGUCCUUGCCACUCCGACUAAUCUCUCACAAGACUUUCAAUCAACACACGGUGGCGGGAAGGUCUCGCAACUCAGAAGACUCUUUGAGAAGUCGUCAAGAAGAUUUCCUUCUCCACAGCCAGACGAAUGCAGUGACGCGUUGAUGGCCGACUAUUCAUCCCCGUCGUGCAACGAGCCUGAGUCGCCGAGAUCCACACGCACGAUCUCCCGGAGGAUCUCCAUCGUCCCAUCACUGACUACCGAAAUUUCUGUUAAUGACUUUUUUUACAGCCCAGUCCCUGCAUCACCGGGGGAGACUAUCGCCAAGAUCAGCGUAUCACCGAAGCGUGACUCUCCUGUGAAGCAUCGGAUCCGGCAGUUCGAGCACUUAAGCCGUGAGUCCCUAAGGGCGGAAGCAGUGUCUGGUUGCCAGGGCAAGAAUAGCGAUAUUGAGCUAUCAUCUACCCGAAGGGAUGGCAACGGUGUGAGCAGUAAGCGGGUUGCAAUUUGGAGAAGGAUAUCCGACUCUCUCAGUCGCUCCAUCGACAGCUGGAAAGAUUGCAACAGUCUAGAUCAUUUAGACAGUGCUCGUGGCUUUCGAUAUUUAAGCCCUUUCGGAUACAGCAUGUAUCGCCUUCCACAAAAGAGUCGCCAGUUUGUCACACCAUCGCAUACUAUGUCCAGCAUCCACUACGGUGAUAGAGGACUGCCUACUAGCGGGUCGAGAAGAACAAUCAAUUCUAGUAAUCGCCGUCAAUCUCCAGACACACUUACACACCGCAAUAGCCUUUCUUUUGCGGCUCGCGUGUCUAACGGCCAACACCUACCUAGUGGGUUUGGACUAGACGGACACUUCCCGUCGAAACCAGUUCAAGACGAUGACUCCCAGCCACCAGACGUAGCAUCAUCCGGCCCCAGCACACCCCAAGGUGACCCAAACGCACUACACAAAGUCAUGCUGAAGCAAUCCGCAGCAGAACGAAGUCGCCGCCGCGACGACGAAAAGCACCAGCGCCGCGACAAGACCCUCAGAACUCUCGCGGCAUGGAAAGGCAAGGCAAAAGAAGUUGUUCUUCCUCAAGGAGCAGAUACAGCAAAUGCGAAUGAAGAAGCCAAGAAGAAUAGAAAAUGUAAGGGAAAAGAAAAAGAAGCCCCAGGCAAAGAAAACGAAACAGAUAAGAAGACGGCCUCGGGCUUCGUCAUCUUCCAGUCCAAGGACGUCAAGCUUCGCCAUCCGCGGCCCCGACGCCCCGGCCAGGUCCGCAGGGUCGCGAAUAUGUACAAGGAUAAAGCGAGUAGUGGCGGCAGCGUCAAUACGAAGACGAGCAGUGGCGCUACGCUCAAGGGCAAGGAGAAGGAGAGCCGGGCGAGUUUCAGACAGAGGGCGAGUAGUGCGUUUGGACGACGGGGUCGGAAGGGGGAUGGGUCUGCGAGUUAAGAGUUCUUGAUAAAUUGAUUGUUGGCAUUGUUAUGAGAGAGGGUGUAGGUUGGUCAUAUUGUUAUGUUCGGUAUGUUAUGUAAGUAGUUAAGAGACCGAUUAAUGAGUUUAGUAGUAAAAACAGAAAGAAAACAGGACAGCACAGCAGAGGCGAGGCGAGGCCAGGACAGUCAAUCAAUGGGUCGGAGAUUAGUGAAAAUGAUCGUAUCAAUGUAUUAUAUUUACAUUCACGUUAUUCAUCUCCCUCGCUCUUCAGCCCAUCAUCAUCACUCGGCGAGGAGCAUAUUACUAUUAAUUCAGCUUUGACUCAUUUUCAUGUGAUUGAUCUCUAGAUAACUAUGUGAGAUGAAACAAGACGAGACGAGAACAGGGGGUAUUGAACUAUUUCGCUGCCAAGUCUUG